AUGGAUGCUAGUCACCUUCACAAACGUGCAGAAGGCAACGACUGGGCGUAUGAGGCUUCAUACAAUUGGGGCAAGGUGAAUCCCCUGUACGGAAAAUGUCAAAAUGGAACGCAACAAUCUCCAGUCCCUCUUGAGGUCACACAAGGCUUCUCUCUCGAGCACAUUCCGACAUUCAACUACACAAAAACCGCAGGCGAGAUCCUGAACUGGGGAUAUGGCCCUGCCUUUGUUCCUCGUGACGCCGAGCUCAACACAUUGUCGUUCGACAACGAGACUGUCUACCUCGCUGGCUGGCACGUUCACAGCCCUGCGGACCACAGUGUGUCUGGCAAACGUGCAAAGGCUGAACUCCACUUGGUGCACAAGAAUGCUGCAGGCAAGGAGAGGGCAGUUGUGGCGAUCCGCAUUGAUCCUUCGACACGACCUUCGACGUUCUUCACUAUGCUCGGCAACGUCUUCCCUGGCUUUGAGGACCGAACUCGUUCUAAUGCCACCGUCGACCUGUCUCAGCUCAUCAGUGAGGUAGACCGUCUCAGCAACUUUUGGACAUACAAGGGUUCCCUCACAUCGCCUCCCUGCACUGAGGGUCUGAGGUGGUUCGUGGCCCGAGACAUUCUCUUUACCGACAAUGUGCAGAUGCAGCGUAUCUUGACCGCCAGUACCUUUAGUGCUCGUGCUGAACAGGAGGUCUGGAUGCACCAGAUCAAUGCUUAG